AUGGCUGUUCAUCGCUGGGCCAGCUCUGUAGGAUUCACUAUGACCACCCCGUCUGCUGUUGGAGGCACCAAUUGUCCGGAACAAGGAUUCAAUUUGGGAGAGUACAACAAGUGCAACAAUACCUCUUUUCAUACCUCGAAGGAGACGCUAAAGAGAUUAGUCAGCAAAUACACUAUCUCUGGUGCUAACUACCAAAAUGCAUGGAGUACUCUUGCCAACCACUUCGACAAAAAGCGAUACACGGUGUUUUCGUUGGUGCAUGAGUUCCUGUCCCAAUCGCCAAUAACUCAAGCAAAUUCGCAGUCACUGAGCAGGCUAGUUACCACAUCCGAUGAAAUCAUUCAGCAAAUGGACGCAUUGGGUCCCGAGUUCACAGGGCGGGAUCCGUGGUUAAUCCACCUCAUUUUAGAGAAACUGGACAAGGAGACACGAACGAGUUGGUCACAUGAAGUCGUCGACACCGAUGAUCCCACCUUCAAUGAUUUGCUGGAGUUCCUUAAAAGCGCAGCGAGCAACAAUGGAGAAUUGGUGGACCCGCAAUUCAAUCGACCAAGUGCAAUAGAUAUCAUACUAGGGGCUGACGUUUUUCUAGCUCUCCUAGAGGGAGGACAAGUGAAGAACGAAAGUGGCCAUACAGUGGCCCAACGUACAGUGUUCGGAUGGAUUGUCGCUGGACAGUACGAUGCAUCAGGAACCACACAAAGUAACCACACCAUUGUGAACCUGCAUGUUGAAACGGAUCUAAACCGGACCUUGCAGCAGUUCUGGGAGCAGGAGGAGAUUUUCAAGCCACCAUCGCUUACUCUUCCUGAGCAGCAGGUCAUUGAACACUUCAAUUCGACCUUGCAACGCGAUGAAACAGGGCGCUUUAUCGUCAGACUUCCGUUUGAUGAUUCGAAGCCGGCGCUCGGCGAUUCUCUUGCCGUAGCCUAUACAUCGUUCAUGCACGAAUACAUGGAACUCGGCCACAUGGAAGAGGUUCCAUCCAAUCAAGUGGAACGACCCAGCAGCGAGUGUUUUUAUCUGCCGCACCACGCCGUUAUCAAAAAUGACAGUUUGACAACAAAAUUACGUGUCGUUUUCGACGCCUCCUGUGCAUCAUCAUCGGGAGUCUCGCUGAACGAUAGACUAUUGGCGGGACCAAACAACAACUCUGACCUUUUUGAAGUAUCUUUGCGGUUCCGUUCUCACCGAGUAGCCUUUUUUGCAGAUGUCACCAAAAUGUAUCGCCAAGUUUUGGUACAUCCAAUGGACCGUGACUUCCAACGCAUCGUUUUCCGCGAGGAACCGGAUCAGCCAAUCAGACACUACCGGCUGUGUACUGUAACAUACGGUACGAAGACGGCGCCAUACCUGGCAAUCGAGUCCAUGAGAGAAGCAACGAAGUCUUUUGAAUCAAUGUAUCCUCAAGCAGUAGAGGCUAUCAAGCGCAACUUUCACGUCGACGAUUUUUUAUCCGGUGCAGAAGACGAAGAAAAGGCAAUCCAGCUGAAAAACCAAGUGGUCGAAAUUCUUUCCUCGGCUGGUUUCGAACUCCGUAAAUGGUCUUCGAACAACAGAAAUCUUCUGCCAAAUAACGACAAUGAUAAAGCUACCCCGGUUCCGGUGAAAAUGUUGAAUGAUAGCGAGACUGUGAAGGCACUGGGAAUCAACUGGUAUCCAUCCGAAGACAAAUAUGGAUUCAAGGUCAACUUCUCCCCAUUUAAUGUCAAUACUAAGCGUCAGAUGAUUUCAGACUCAGCAAGAACCCGUUCGGUUGGUUGGCGCCAGUAA